CUCCUCCUAACCUGUAUUCCAUUGAAGAAUCAAACUGCGUCUAAUAAUAUGGCCAGCGACUCUAUAUAAUCAUACAUGUAACCACGCGUGUGAGCAAAAUUCAUAUAUGAUUUUAUAUAAUUCUAUAUUAUCGUAUACAAUUAUUUUCUCCCGGGUGAUUGUCGCGACAUCUGCGAUUAUCAAGCGGAUGUAAAGUCGUAUAAGUGAUAUGCUCUCAUUAUGAUUACAUAAUUGUUCCGUCCGGUUAUAUAUCGGUACCGGCGACAUCACCGGCUAUGUUCGAAAGGACAAAGCGACGAUUAAAAUAAACCCGUUCUCGAUAUUGCCGCAGUUCAUGGGUACUUGGUACGAGGCCGAGAGAUACUUCCAACUGAGCGAGGUGGUGUCCCGAUGUGUCAUGACGAAUUACACCAAAGGCGCCGACGGGAAGUACCGUGUGAGCAAUCAAGUGACGAAUCGUUUCACCGGCAUCAAGAGGAUACUGGAGGGUGAAGUCAGGCCGGCGGCAUCCAAAGCCGAUGAGGGCAAACUCCAUGUUAAGUACACCACAAUCCCGCUGACCCCCGAAACCAAGUACUCGGUACUCGAGACGGACUACGACUCGUACGCCGUUCUCUGGAGCUGUCAAGGCAUCGGGCCGGUCCACGCGCAAAAUGCCUGGGUCAUGACGAGGGAGCGAAUACCGUCCGGCGAGGUGCUCCAAAAGGCUUACGGUGUCCUCGACAAGUACAAGAUCUCGAAGACGUUCUUCGUGAAGACCGAUCAGGCGGACUGCGCGAGCCUGGAGACGCCGCCGCCGAAGAAGCCGGCUGCUGAGAAGCCGGUUGCGGAGGAGCCGGCGGCGGAUGAGGGAAACGUUAGCUCCAGAUCGAUCAUUACCCUGGAGGACGUCGAGAACGAGACGAAGCUCCUGGCGGAGGUCGAUACCUCGGAUGAGAAGGCGACCUCCGACAUCUCGGAGAUAAUCGCGCAGCCGCUCGCCGUGGAAACCGUUCCCGAGCGGAUCCUGAAGAUAGCCGAGGCGAUCAAGGAGAGCGACGACGCCGGGGAUAAGAUGAUCAUCGUCGAAGUUAAAGAGGAGAAAGCCGUGGAGAGCGCGAAGGAGGAGGAGCGGAACGAGCAGGCGAAGGAGACGGAAAAGACUGCUUAGAGAUAUGUCGUAUUCGGCGAACGUGUGGUCUCUUAACUGGCGCUUGCGAGGACAUAUCCAUGGGGAGAUUAUCGACGUCUCAAGCGAGGUCCGCAGAGUUUAAAGCAUAAGACUUAAGAAAUUGACCAAUCACAGUCGGAUUAUAGAAGAAAAAUCAAUUGUGAUCGGUCAAUUUUCUAAACGUUACCGCUCCAAAUUCUUUAUUAAACCCCGCUUUAGGCGUCUCUCGUAGCGCGGUUUCCGCAUUUAGAGCCAGUCUCGCUUAAGUACCGCAGAGAAAAAGAUUUCUUCAGAUUUAGUGUUUCUAUUUAUUUGACAUCUAAAAUUCGUUUCAUAGAAACAACAUAUACUUACGUAUUAAAUAUUGUUUGUUUGAGUAAAAAUUCUAUCGAUUCAUUCAAGGAGACUCUAUUAUUCAGCAGGAACAACGCUGUUAUUCGAAGUAAUAUCUCUUAAUCAAAUAAAAUAUCAUCUGGUUACAAUAAAUAUGUGAAACGGGACAAAUAAUUUCUUUAUAAGGAAAUUAUCUUUCGCGUUUCGAACAAAUUUUUUACUUAAGACAAAGAUACAUAUUUCCGUCGAAAAGUCUAACGAUCGUACUUAUUAAUUGAAGCAUUAGUUUCUUUGGUGCAUGCCAGCGAUGAAAUUUGUUUGGAUGCAAUAAAAUCUAUUAAAUUCGAAGAGAUCUUUUUCUCAGUGCUUAAAGUCAUUAUGAAGCCCCCACAGGCAUGUCGUUGCUCGAGGAUGUAAGAUCAGCAUGGCGCUUUGUUACAUAGGCUUACGUAAUGUAAAAAGAGAAAAACAUGUAAAAAA